UGAUAUCAGUUGAUAUUGUUAGGACUUAUGUUGUGGUUAGGAUUGUUAGAUCAAUGCAGUAAUUGUUUGUUUAAUGAUAAACAAGUGAACACGAUUUUAUAAGUGAAUUAAAACUUUACGAAAAUGCAUGUGAAUAAACUUAAGAUAUUGAUGAUAGGGCCUUCUGAAAGCGGGAAAACCACCAUAGCCAACUACCUAUCAGAGUCCAUAAAUAUAGAGGAGGCUGGACCUCCAAGGCCGACGCAAGGAGCAAGAAUAGUAGAGUUCGAACUGCCCAAUUUGAACGUAAAUAGGAAAAAUAACAAUAUUGAUAUUGAACUCUGGGACUGCAGUGGUGACCACAAAUUCGAAUCUUGUUGGCCCGCUCUUCGAGCAGGAGUGCAAGGGGCCAUCCUGGUCUGUUCUCCGUCGACGGUUCAGGCUGCAUCAAGAGAGAUGGAACUACUCUAUAACUAUUUUGUAUCUCAGCCUAAUUUAUCUGCCAAACAAUGUGUCCUUUUCUAUAAUUGCACUAAUGACAACGAAGAUAUGGAUGCCUUGAAUUUAUCUUCAACAUUCUCCAAGGUGUCACAAGUCGCUAUCAACUUGAAGUCAGGAGGUAAUCGACUCAAAAUAGAUUUUUCAAACUAUGUAGCUUCUGUUCUUCAAGCAUUAAACAAAGAGUCAUAA